CGUUUAUUAUAAUUAAACAGCGAUAUGUGGACGCGCGCCUCCUUUGUCAGUCGGCCGUAGCCAUGUGCACUUGCAAAUAUUUAAUUGGCCUUCUUGUUUUCACAAUCGGCUGCUGUUAUGUGACAUGUAGGACUAUAUAUGUGGAGCUUAACACACCUACGUACGAGGAGAUAGCGUUUCUGAAGAAAUAUGGCUACCUACCUGAAGAGUCUGGCGAGGAUUUAGAUUUCGUGUACACGCCACAGUCUAUCUCCGAAGCAUUGAAAAAAAUGCAAGCAUUCGCCGGUUUGCCAGCCACCGGCAGUUUGGACAGUGAAACUAAACAAUUGUUCAAGAAAAAACGCUGCGGGAUAAAGGACAUAGAAAACACGUCAUCAAGAAUACGCCGUUAUGUCAUACAGCAGGGGUGGAACAAGAAACAUAUCACUUACAAAGUUAUAAAUGGAUCCGCUACACUGCCGAAAGACCGCGUGGAAAAACAGGUGGAAGCCGGUCUUGCGAUCUGGGCCCCCCACGGCGGGCUUCAGUUUAGUAAAGUAGAAGACGGCCCGGCAGAUAUACGCUUCUCGUUCGGACGGCAAGACCACGGAGAUGGGUUUCCUUUUGACGGGCCAGGUCGCGUAGUGGCUCACGCGUUCCCCCCGCCGGUUGGGGCGUUGCACUUCGAUGACGACGAACUGUGGGGAGACAGUCCUAACAAGGAGGAGCAGGGAGAGAACGAUAUAACCGACUUCUUCGCUGUGGCGGUCCACGAGAUCGGCCACGCGCUCGGCUUGUGCCACUCUGAUGUGAAGACAUCUGUCAUGUACCCAUACUACAAGGUGCCAGUCGAGCAACUCAACAUUGAUGACAUUAUGGGCAUGCACGAGCUUUAUAUGAAAGACGAGCUUAUUGAGGAGCCAAUACCGCCAGAAGUGACAGAGAGCGUAUCAGCACUAGUGCCUAAGUUCACAAGAGCGGACAGCGACUUAUCUGAUGAGAAUGAGAUACCAGACCUGUGCUACACCAACUACGAUACUGUUCAAGUUAUACAAGGGAAAAUAUUCGUGUUUGAAGAGGAGUGGGUGUGGGUGCUUUCCAAGAGGCGACACAUCGAGGAGGGUUAUCCGAAGAGAUUCCACGACGUGUUCAUAGGACUCCCAGCCGAAGUCAACAUCAUAAAGACUAUUUAUGAGAAACCGAAUGGAAACAUUUCCAUAUUCUCAGGCAGGAACUUCUGGGAGUUCGACCCGAGCUUCCAUUUGUUGAGACGCGGCAAUAUAUCAGAGUACGCGAUACCGCGACACGUGCCCGAGCUGACCACAGUGUUCACCUCUAACUACAAUAACAAGACAUACCUGAUCGAGUACGAGAGGUUCUGGCGCUACGACGAGAAAGCCGGCGCUAUGGACAAGGGAUACCCGAAGGAGAUGUCCGCGUGGCGGCAGCUCCCGUACCCGGUGGACGCUGCCAUUAUUUGGGAAGAGGAUACGUACUUCUUUCGCGGACCGCGUUUCUGGCGGUUCGACAACGAACUGGUGCAAGCGCAUGAGUACUACCCGCUGCCGACGGCGCAGAUAUGGUUUCCGUGCCCGUCGAACGACGAAAUGUACAAAUAUGUUACUAACGAUGAGCCCUGACAGUUAUCGUAGACAUGUUCUGCGAAUUAUCAUGUGGUAUCGACGGUUAACCACCAAUACCUCUUAACAGACGUUUAUAAAAUAGUUGUAGACAUUUUUUCUAACCUAUAUCUUUUUCUAUAUUGUCAAAUAAUUUUUACAUCAAUAUAUUGAGCAUUUAUAUUAUGAAACUAAUUAUAUUACAUUUUGGUUUCAUUGUAUUUGGAAUAAAUUCAGAAUUACGAUGUUUAAUGUAACACUUGUAAUAUUUUGUUUAGUGAGAUUGGAAGUAAGAACUAUCUCAUAUGAGGGAAUGGUAGCAAGUGUUUAGCUGUAAGCAGUAAAUAACAGUUCUAGUUCCCUCCGGAAUAGCGCUAGAGCGUCAAGAGAACAUGAAAUGAAUUUAGUAAUUAUUGAUGAACAAAAUUGUUGAUAAAAAAAUGCUAAUGCAAUGCAAUAAAGAAUAUGUAUAAAAUGUACCGAGUUGGAAAAUUCAACAUAUUUAUUCACUAUUUAAUGCAUAAUAAAGUUUAACAAUGGUAUUUAACAUAAUAAUAAUUAUGUCAACUAAGUCUGGCCACAUUUUUUUUUUAUACAACUUAGAAUGGCAAACAAGUUGACGGCCCACCUGAUGGAAAGUGUUAACCGUCGCCUAUAGACAUGAACAGUACCAUGGACAUAACAGAGUAUACUGUUUCGUCCAUGAUACUCCCCAUGCGUUGCCAUUCCUGAGGACUCAGGUGUUAUUUCUCCGUACCCAGUAAAUUCACCCAUCUAUAUAUGGAUAUUUUUUUUCAUAUUGUAUUUUGUUUCUAACAAAUUAAAAUAUAUUUGCUAGUGUAAAAAAUGUUUAUUUCCACUAUGACCCUCGACACGAUACCCGUUAUCUCUACCCUCCAUAAUAUUGACCAGUAACAGCGUACACCAGUUAUACAGACGGUUACCAUCUUCCAUCAGGUGGGCUGUUAGCUUGUUUGCCAUUCUAAGUUGUAUAAAAAAAAAUUUAAGACAGUAAAUUGAUAUGCAUAAAUAAUACAUGGAAAACUUAGUCGUACAUGUUUAUAAAUUAUUGCUCCUAAUUUUAUUGAUUUAUGAAUUUUAUUAUGGAAUAAAUAUAAUAGCCGAUAUGCAAAAGAAAUAAUAAUUAAAACAAUCAUAAAAAAUAUAUCAUUUUAUUAAAGUUUAAAAUCACAUACAAAGUAAAAUGAUGAAAUAAAUGUAACCAUUGUUCGUUCAGUGUGCCCCAAAUGUUGUCUAAUUGUGUUUGAAGAGAAAGAUUGUAACAAACAGCUUGAAGAAAAUAAAUAAUAAAAAAUAAUACUGUACUAAAACUGCUCGCUUAGUUAUUUAAUUUUAUUUAACAAUAUAUAAUAUAUAACCUUGUACAUAUAUUUUGAACCGUCCGUAUAAUUUAUUGUCAUGCGCACACGCACACUACAGUCUAUUCCAAUUGAAGUUAAUGGAAAAGUAGACACAGAACAGUCUCUAAAUGAAAUUGGUAACAAAUCGAAACAUUAAUUCAAUUAAUAAAAAAAUUUAUUUGUA